AUGUCGAAGAUGAACCAGUCUCCAUCGUUCUAUGUGGUGAGGGAUGACUUGCUGCAUCCUUUGGUAAAUGGUAACAAGGCAAGAAAAUUAGAUGCACUGCUUCCACUUCUUGAAGAUAAUGCUGUGACCGAUGUGGUCACCUGUGGAGGCUGCCAAAGUGCACACACUACGGCUGUUGCUGUGUCUUGUGCCGAGAGAGGAAUAAAGUCCCACUUGCUUCUUCGAGGAGAAGAGCCUGAAACUCUAACUGGCUACAAUCUUGUUUCUAAGUUGUAUGGAAAUGUCGUAUAUGUCCCAAGAUCGGCAUAUGCCCAACGGCGACAAAUGCUUGAAAGGCAUGCCGAGUCAGUAGCAGGAUGCAAUGGAUCUGUUUUGUGGCUCAAUGAUAUCAUGAAUUAUUCGUGCAAAAGUGAUGCAGUUGAGGGAGAGAGUUCUUCACAUGUGGAUCGUUUUAAGUGUCCCCAAAAAUCAAAGAAGGUUGUUGUCAUAAAUGAAGGUGCUGGAGAUGUGAUAGCCUUAUCAGGUCUUAUGCGUUUGAUCAAGUACUUGUCUGGGAGUCAUCUGUUCGGUGAAAAGCAGCCCCUAAACAUUGUGGUCGAUGCUGGAACUGGGACAACAGCUGUUGGUUUGGCUCUUGGGGUUUUACUUUUAGGGCUUCCAUGGAAAGUGACUGCGGUGAUGCUGGUUGACAAAAUCGACGGCUACAGAAGAAAAGAACAAAAUUUGAUAUCAGAAUUUCUUGAGAGUACCACAUUUUCCUCUUUCAACUCAACCUCAACCCUAAGUGGAGUAAAUACUGGACUUGUGCAAUGGGUACAACACAACUCACCUAGAAAGUUUGGCAAUGUAUUGAAAGGAGAAGUUGAAGAAUGCCACAAGAUAGCUCUACAAACUGGAAUUCUUGUGGACCCCAUAUACACGUUAGCCGCCUGGGAUCUCACAACUCGGCUCAGCCAAAAUGAAGAAGAAGCCAAAGUGGUGAUGAUCCACACUGGAGGGACACUAGGGAUAUUUGGACUUGCCCAAAGGUAUAAAUCUUACUUUCAGUUGCCUUAA